CUGACAUAUAGUAUUUACCGUUUAAUAAGUUUCCCUGUCCCUCCCUAAAGAUGAUGAUGGAACGUGGUAAUGUUUACUUGUCGCUGCCAAAAGGCCUGCUGACAGCAUGCUGGAUGAACGGCGACUUACGCAAAGGCGACUAGUCAUUAUUGACUAAAUCCUGUCUAUGUGUGUUUAAUGUUUCUCAAAGGUUUGGCCACAACAGAAGAGGCUCCAUUAGUUUGUGUUCAUACACUCCACCCUUACACACAUUAUCUCCUUCAGUCUCUCACCCUCAGAAAAAAUACUGUAAUCAAAGUUUGUAGAGUGAGUCUUGAGAUCCACCACAAACCAGGUGGAGUGUUGGUGGCUCACCCAAGAGACGGCAUGACUGACUUGGCACCCUAUGACCUCCAAGUGGGUGGCCACCACAAGGGCAGUCAGUCACAUGUGCUAAAAGACAAGAAUGGUAGAAUUUUGAAACCCCUGAAACUCAAUGCCAACCCAACCUUCAAUCCUAAUGUGGAGGUCACCAGCAGGGAGAAUCACUCAGAGGAUGAGCUACUGCCAGUAUGUCGUGAUGAGCUCGAGUUCUAUCAGCGCAUUGCCAUUUCAACCAAUCCUGAUGAUGUCUCUCUGCUGCAUCUCAUGCCAUCAUUCUAUGGCACACAAGUUGUUCAAGGACCUGAUGACAAGGAGGAGUUACAUCUGUUGUUGGGAGACCUGACGUGGGGCCUGCAGCAUCCCUGUGUUGCAGACAUCAAAAUAGGUCGUACUGACUUCUAUCCUGGCAAAAAUUCAAAGAAACGUGGUGUGCUGCAUGAGCUUGGAUUUCGCCUCACAGGCAUGAGAGUUGUGCAAAUAGAUACUGGUUCCUUAGGUACUAGAUCGAGCAAAGAUGAUUGCAAAGCAUGGACUACACCACAAAUGCUUGAAGGUUUGGAUAAAUUCUGCUAUGGCACCACUCGUGUAUCCACCUACCUGCGACACUCCAUCGUGUCCCAGUUACAACACAUUCACCACUGGGCUCUUUCUCAGCGGAGUUACAAAAUCAGAGGAAGCUCCAUCUUGGUAGUGUAUGAUGCAGAACAGUUGACCUCAGUGCCUCAGGAUAUUGUGAGUGGAAAAUCUGUAGUGGCUGGAGAAGUGUGGCCCAAGGUUAUAGUGAAAAUGAUUGAUUUUGCACAUGUGCUACAUUCCUUUGGUGUUAGAGAUGAAAAUUAUAUAUUUGGAUUGGAGAACCUUAUUAAGUACAUAAGUAAUAAAGAAAAUGAAAAUUUGUGAAAACAGGCCAUCAGUUAACUGCAAUCAUGUAUAUGUGCAAAUUCAGUGAAGGCAGUGAGCAAGCAGUAAAAUUAAACUACCUGUUUCUUAAUCUUACACUCAGACAGUUUUACACACAGUCAUGUAUAGUGAUUGCCUCCAGAUAUUUCUUAAAGCAAGUACUCAGGAAUUACACUUUUAACACAAGUACAAUUAUUAGAGCCUUGAUAUCCCAGUUUAUUCUUUUAAGGUAUUUUGAUACACUUGUAAACCAUUUUAUGGUGGUUUCUUUUCUCGGAUGUAAUAUUAUAAUCAAGGAAAUAAUACUCAGGAAAUAC